AUGGGUAGUGUAGAUUAUGAGUACCCUUUGGGGAUGAACAUUGUUCAGGGUAUGCAGCACCAAGUGGAGGUUCCACCACCUCAACCAUUUUUGAAGUCUCUAAAGUACUCCCUCAAGGAAACUUUCUUUCCAGAUGACCCUUUGAGGCAGUUCAAAAACAAGCCACCCUCCAAAAAGCUCAUGCUUGCCCUUCAGUAUUUCUUCCCCAUCUUCGAAUGGGCACCCAAAUUCACCUUCCACUUCUUCAAAGCUGACCUCGUAGCUGGUAUCACCAUAGCUAGCUUGGCCAUUCCCCAAGGCAUCAGCUAUGCCAAGCUCGCCAACCUCCCUCCUAUCCUUGGACUAUAUUCAAGCUUUAUACCACCGCUGAUAUAUGCGAUGAUGGGAAGUUCGAGGGAUUUGGCGGUGGGGACCGUGGCGGUUGGAUCGCUUCUCAUGGGUUCCAUGUUGAGUGAUGAGGUUAAUCCCAAUCAAGACCCAAACCUUUACCUACACCUUGCCUUCACAGCUACACUAUUUGCUGGAAUUUUUCAGGCUUCGUUGGGUUUCUUUAGGUUGGGGUUCAUCGUGGAUUUUCUGUCACAUGCAACCAUUGUAGGGUUCAUGGGAGGAGCAGCCACAGUGGUUUGUCUGCAGCAACUAAAAUCGAUUCUUGGGCUUGUGCAUUUCACACAUGGAGCUGAUAUCAUAUCAGUUAUGCGCUCUGUUUUCACCCAAACUCAUGAGAGCAAAAAACAACCAAGGUUUUUCUGGGUGUCAGCAAUGGCACCAUUAACGUCCGUUAUAUUGGGAAGUCUGUUGGUUUAUUUCACUCACGCCGAGAAGCACGGAGUUGAAGUUAUAGGAGAACUGAAGAAGGGUUUAAAUCCAGGAUCUGUCACAAAGCUGGUAUUUGUGUCACCUUACAUGAUCACAGCUGUCAAAACUGGCAUUGUGGUUGGCAUCAUAGCGCUUGCAGAAGGAAUAGCAGUGGGAAGAAGCUUUGCAAUGUAUAAAAAUUACAAUAUUGAUGGCAACAAAGAGAUGAUAGCUAUUGGGACCAUGAACAUAGUUGGUUCUUUUACCUCUUGCUACAUCACAACAGGGCCAUUUUCACGCUCAGCCGUGAACUAUAAUGCUGGAUGCAAGACAGCAGCAUCCAACAUUAUAAUGUCAAUUGCAGUCAUGUUGACAUUGUUAUUCCUAACACCCUUGUUCCAUUACACCCCCCUGGUGGUGCUAUCAGCCAUAAUUGUAUCUGCAAUGCUUGGCCUCGUAGAUUAUGAAGCAGCCAUCCAUCUGUGGAAGAUUGACAAAUUUGACUUUGUUGUGUGCAUGAGUGCAUACAUUGGCGUGGUCUUUGGCAGCGUUGAAAUUGGCUUAGUCAUAGCUGUUGCAAUAUCUGUACUUCGAGUACUUCUAUUCAUUGCAAGGCCGAGGACAUUCGUUUUGGGCAACAUUCCAAAUUCUGAGAUUUACAGAAAUGUAGAGCAAUAUCCAAAUGCAAAACAUGUUCCUGGAAUCCUAAUCCUAGAGAUUGAUGCACCAAUUUACUUUGCCAAUGCAAGCUAUUUAAGAGAAAGGAUCACAAGGUGGAUUGACGAAGAGGAGGACAGAAUCAUAGCUACUCGAGAAACAAGUUUGCAGUAUAUUAUAAUGGAUAUGAGUGGUGUUGGAAACAUCGAUACAAGUGGAAUAAGUAUGCUUGAAGAGGUCAAGAAGAUUACGGAGAGAAGAGAGCUGCAAACAUGGUUCAAAUGGGUCGAAGAGUUGGAGGGGGAGAAUGUUUCAAUGGAUUCUCACUUGAAGAGGGAGUAUUGGAAUUCAAGUCUCGUUUUGGUCAACCCCGGAAGCGAGGUGAUGAAGAAACUGAACAAAUCGAAGUUCCAGAAUAAUUUAGGGCAGAAAUGGAUCUAUCUAACUGUUGAAGAGGCCGUUGUAGCAUGCAACUUCAAUCUCCGUGCAAGCAAAACGAAUCUCAAGAAAGAUGAAUCAGAGGGUUGGAACAAUGUUUGA